AUGGAGCCCAUCUUAUUUCUCUCCGCCACUGUCAUCACCGGCCAAGAAGAUGCCGCGCCCUUUGUCGCAGAUGUCUUGGUCAGCGAUGGCCUCAUUGCGCAGAUCGGCGACCCCGGCACCGUAGAGUCGGCGACGGCCCGGCGCAUCGACGCCCACGGACAGUUUUUGUCGCCCGGCUUCAUCGACAUGCAUGCACACUCGGACCUAUACCUCAUCACCAGCCCGGCGCACGAGGCCAAGAUUUCUCAAGGCUGCACGACCGAGGUUGUUGGCCAAGACGGCAUCUCAUACGCCCCCGUGCGCACAAAAGAGCAGAUGCGCGCCAUCCGCUCCCAAAUCGCCGGCUGGAACGGGAACCCCUCCGACGCCGAGUGCCAGACCACGCACAAGGACACGGGCCUCUUUGCCUGGCGCACCGUGGGCGAGUACCUCGACUGCCUGGAGCGCAACAGGACGGCGACCAACGUCGCCAUGCUCGUGCCGCAGGGCAACCUGCGCCUGCUGGCCUGCGGCCCCAACGACACCCCGGCCAGCCCGGAGCAGAUUCAGGACCAGGUUGUGCUUUUGCGGGAAGCAAUGGGUCAAGGAUCCAUUGGCAUGUCCAGCGGCCUCACGUACACGCCCGGCAUGUACGCCUCGACGUCGGAGCUCGCCGUCCUCUGCCAGGUUCUCGCCGCCGAGUACCCCGGCGCCUUUUACGCACCGCACCACCGCAGCUACGGCUUCAAAGCGCUCGAAAGCUACCAAGAAAUGAUCAACCUCGGCCAAGACACCGGCUGUCCCAUCCACCUGACACACGCCACGAUGAACUUUUCCGAAAACAAGGGCCGCGCGCCCGAGCUGCUGCGCAUGGUGGACGGCGCCCUCGGCGCCGGCGUCGACGUCACGCUCGACACCUACCCGUACCUGCCCGGGUGCACGACGCUCGCCGCGCUGCUGCCGAGCUGGGCCUCGGCGGGCGGCCCGGACGAGACGCUCAAGAGGCUGGGCGACGCGGCGCUGCGGGACAAGAUCCGCGUCGCCGUGGAAGUGACGGGGUGCGAUGGCGGGCAUGGUAUCCCGACGAAUUGGGAGGAGAUCCAGAUUGGGAGUACGCAGCACGCAUCGCUCGAGGGAUAUGCCGGUCGGAGGAUCGCCGAAGUGGCGCGGUCGCUGGGCACGCCCGCCAUGGAAGUGUUUUUUGACAUUCUGGUCAAGGACCGCCUUGCGACGAGCUGCUUGAUGCACAUUGGCGACGAGGACAAUGUGCGCGCCAUUAUGCAGCACGAGAAGCACAUGGGUGGCAGCGACGCCAUUCUGCACGGGGAAACGCUGCAUCCUCGCGCCUACGGCACAUUUACGCGGUACCUCGGCCACUACGCGCGCGACCUGGGCAUGUUUACCAUUCCGCAGAUGCUGGCGCACCUGACGUCGCGCCCGGCCAAGCGCCUCGGCGUGUAUCCGUUUCGCGGCCACGUGGGCGUCGGCUCCGCGGCGGAUCUGGUCCUGUUUGACCCGCGCACGAUCCGGGACAUGGCGACGUUUGAGCAGCCCAAGCGGACGAGCGAGGGCAUCCACUUUGUGCUCGUGAAUGGCGUCGUCGCCGUCGACGGGGGCCGGCUGACGGGGGCGAGAGGCGGACACGUGCUGCGGAGGAACAAGGACGGCAGCGUCGGGGCAACGUCUUCAGGAUAG